UCUAGAACCAAAGUACUAAAUCAAAGUCUUUUCACAAAGCAAACAUUAUAAGAAAUAUUUCAUGUUAAUUUGAUCAAUUUGUGAAAAUAUUUCAUCUUAUUCUUUGAUAUUUGUGCGGUUUUUAUGUUGACAAGAAUUGAAAAAAUAUGAAACAGAGUAUUUAAUAUCAAAAGUUCCAAAACUGAAUAUAUUUGCACAAAGUUAAAAAAAAAAUUGCAUUGGCUGGCAUAAGAUUGGAUUCACUUGUAUGUCCAAUUAUUCAUUCGGAUAAAAGUGCACAUCAAAUGCGUCUAAAAUUAUGCGUAUUCAUAAAUAGAGGAUAUAAAGAACAUAUACUUAUCUGAGGAUACGACAAUAUUCAAUUAAAUAAAUGAGAGGAAAGUUAUAUUGAAGACAUCUAUCAAAGGACUUUAAAAGGACACGAAACAUAAAAACAAUCUGCAUGGCUAUUGUGGUAAAUUGUAUUGGUGUUACAUCUAUGGAGUUUCAAUUAGAUAGCGCAGAAUAUUGUCAAGCACAACACGAGUAAGCUGACGAGUUGGAAUUAAAGUUGAAGUUUCAAUUUUUUGCGACCUGCUUUGGCAAAUUAUAUAUAACUCGCUUUUGUCUUGUUAUCAACUUCUUCGACAGAAAGGCGAUUCUUCAUUGCAGACUUGAAAUAUCUGAAAUUCGGUCAGACAAAAGCUUCAAACAGUCCAAUACUACUGUGACUUAUAAAUUUUCUAAUAAAUAAGGAACUACUGAAGAAAUAAAUGACUAGCAACAUGCGUCAAAAGGAUAUAAGACCGGCGCCAGCCCUUAUCGAAUUCAAAGGAAUGAAGUUUUUAAUCACGGAUCGACCAUCAGAUAGCAAUAUCCAAAAUUACAUUUUGGAAUUGAAGAAAAAUAACGUUAGCACGGUGGUUCGUGUGUGUGAACCAAGCUAUAAAACUGACGAGUUGGAAUCUCAGGGAAUUACUGUACGUGAUUUAGCCUAUGAUGAUGGAACACCUCCACCGCAACCAAUUGUCGACGAGUGGUUGGAAAUUCUUCGGAAAAAUUACCAAGAAAAUCCAGAAGCUUGCGUUGCCGUACACUGUGUUGCUGGUUUAGGGCGUGCACCGGUGUUAGUAUCUGUUGCUCUGAUUGAACUUGGCCUAAAAUAUGAAGCUGCCGUUGAACUCAUUCGUGAGAAACGUCGAGGAGCCAUCAAUUCCCGGCAAUUAGUAUACCUUGAAAAAUAUCGACCAAAAUCACGACUCAAAAAUAAAAAUGGCCAUAAGAACUCUUGCUGUGUGCAAUAAAUGCUAACUAUCAGUGACCGCCAGAAUAAAAGUGUUCAUUUUUCUUUAUGUUUUGAUUGUUCUCCGGUUAAAGAAAAACUACUUCCAUUACGAUUUUCUGAAUUGAAGCUAAUAAGAAACCACCUAAUGAAUGAAUCAAGUUAAUUCCAUAUACAUCCCUUUGCUGGCGAUCUGAACCUUUAAUUUAACAUAUAAUAUUGAAAUCGCUCGCUGAUUACACUUUUCCCGAUUCGAUCAAACUACUGAAUAAUAAACACAAAAGGUCAUAAAAAACCGAACUCAACUUUCCAGAAGUACGAAUAAAAUAGUGCAUAUUUUGAAUGCCAAAUUUGUGUAAUAAACUAUCAUAAAAGUCGCACAAAACCAUGCUUUCUGCUGCUUUUGUGUAAUGAAAUGAUAUAAAUCCUUUUCGAUCUCGGAGACAACUACCGUUAGCAUCAUACAUAUUAUUGAAAAUGAACAUUUAUACUAAUUUACAUCUUACUGUAACAUGAAUGUAAUUUAUUAGCUAAUUGAACCGCAUAAUAAGGGAAAAAUAUAUUUUGAAAACGCAUCAUGAUGCUUGUUAGAAUAAGCAGUCUAAAAUUAAACAUGAAAUGACAAAAAUAACACUUAACUCUUAGAACAUAAAUUAUAUGUGUGGAAUAUUUAUACAACUAUUUAGGAAAAAAAAAAUACACUAGUCGACACGAUUCUAGGCCAAAGAAA